AGAAGAAGGAAGAAGAGUCCUAGUCGUAGUUGGCCUCCUCGAGUCCGCUUCAUUCAAUGUCACUUGCCUCGAGGACGAGUGUUAAGUCAAGCGGGAGCGAAGUGGACGUGAGUCAGCGGAAUGCCAGCCUCCGCCAGCUCUUUGCCCCCUCAGCUUCGCAGUUGGCCAAGAAAAAGGAAGCCCGCCAAAGGAGCCAGAGCAGCUUUUCGCUCCAAAGAAUCGGCAGCCAGGAUGUGGGUGGCCAGCAGCUGCGACGCUCCACCGGGAAACUGGCCGGCUGGAGCAAUGGGAAUGGAUUCGAUGAUUACCAGCCAAGAGCCGCCUUGGGCAUAAAUCAAUUGGCAAUGACUACGAAUCAAUCGGCAGUGAAACAAUACAAUGGCCAGGACAAUAACGAUUGGGGUCCUAGCCCGCCUCCUCGUCGUAUUCCCAGGCAGGCCGACAAUGGCUGGCAUCAGAGUGCAUUUGAAUUGGCAAUGAGGAAAAACUGGAAGUCAACGAGCCAGCUGGAAAAUUUUAUUAACAACGAACAUCAUGACUACGAACUGAGGCAGCAGGAGCUACAGCAGGAGUAUGAGCAGGAGCUGCAGCAGGAGCCGGACCAGGAGCAGGAGCUAGAGCCGGAGCCGGAACAGGACAUUUCUGUUGGCUUUGGUAAUGAAAUGACCUGGGGCAAAUCUGCUGAGAAAUCGCUGCCAUUGAAUCACCUGCAAAGCAGCAGAAGCCGGCAAGGAGGAUUUUCUGGGACGAGAGACGACUGGGACCGGGAGGACGAUUAUAAGCAAUGGGAUUUGGACUCGGAGCAGCGCGAAAGUUUGCACAGCCAAAGCUAUCGUCCGGCGGCCGGGCAAUCAACGCCGUUGGCAGAGCGGCUGCAGCGGUUCCGAUACCGCCAGCAAUUGCAACUGCAGUCCGCUGAUAUCGACUACAGCGAUAGUGCCCACAAUACUGGCCAUUUAUCAGCUGAACAAAUAGGCGUAGCCAAUUGGCAACGAGCGCCAUUCGAGGGGGUCACCUCAGUCGAGGUUGGGGCAUCGGCGGAGCCGGAGGAGCUUCUGCCACCGGAUCGAGUGCUAUACCCAGACUCGGAGCCGGAGGAAGAGGAGCAGCAGCCUCGUCGUCGAGUGGUGAUCAGAAGGCGCAUUGUGCGCACUAAUCGUUGUGGUAAUAACACCACCACCGCAGACAGCAACCACACCACCAACACCACCACCGACGGUAACACUGCCAUCGAUACUGAUUUUGGUGUCAAGAGCAGCGUUGAUAAGGCUACUUUAGCCGGCACUGGGAAUACCCCCAACUGGCUAACCCGACUUCACAGUUUCGGGACCAGCAACAGGAAAAAUCGGGCCACCGUCGAGGCAGGUGGAGGAGUAGGUAGUGCCACUCGCAGCAGCAGCGGCAACAAUCACACAGCCAGUGCCAGCGGCGAGAGCUGCCACACUAAUCCCAUCAUGGCCGUCCUGCGCACUAUGAAGCUCAAGGAGCGCCUGGUCAUUAGUCUGGGCGCCACUCUUGUCCUGCUCACCCUGCUGCUAAUCGUGGACGUGCAGAUGGAUUUCGGGGUGGCCAACCGCCACCUGAUGCAGCAGCAACAGCACCAGAAGAUCCGUCUGGGCAGUGAUUACGACGCCACGGGGGCAGGUGGAGGCGGCGGCAUACUGCACGAGUUCAAACGCAAAUUUCUGCAAAAGAGCAACUCUUCAGGGUCCAAGGAGGCUUCCACCCAGGCGGCGGCCAGUCAGAGCGGCGGGGCGACCAGUGGCCAGGAUGGAGCAGCGGGAGCCUCGGGCGGCGCAGCUGGACCCGGCACGGGAUCCAGUGCACCCACCAGGAAGCCCACGCCGCACGAUCGGUAUGUGGAUCUGGAGAAGCAUCUCCUGACGGACGAGUACUCUCACGUGAUUGUGGACAAUAAGCCAGAUGUAGGCAGAGAAAAUCCUUCACUGGCCGAGAUUCUGCACCGCAAAGCCAGUGUAAAUGCCAGCAAUUUGGAGCGCUUCCAAUUGCGCAUCACGAAGAAGGAGCUCUACGGCGAGCAGGACACCCUGGUGGAUGCGGUGCUACGUGACAUGAUCAAGCUGCCAAUACAGCAUGUUGUCCAAAAGGAGGGUGGCACCCAGCUGAAAUUGAUCAUUGAGUACCCGAACGAUAUCAAGGCCUUAAUGAAGCCGAUGCGGUUUCCGAGGGACCAGCAAACGCUGCCCAACCAUUUCUACUUCACGGACUACGAGCGCCACAACGCCGAGAUUGCCGCCUUCCACCUGGACAGGAUACUGGGAUUCCGCCGUGCCAUGCCCGUGGCUGGCCGUACACUCAACAUUACGACCGAAAUUUAUCAACUUGCCGAGGAGAAUUUAUUGAAGACGUUCUUUGUUUCGCCAUCUCUGAAUUUAUGUUUCCAUGGCAAGUGCUCGUACUAUUGUGACACCUCGCAUGCCAUUUGCGGCAAUCCGGACAUGUUGGAGGGCUCCUUUGCCGCCUUCCUGCCCAACUUCGAGUCCGGCAAUCGCAAGCUGUGGCGGCAUCCCUGGCGACGCUCCUAUCACAAACGGAAGAAGGCCCAAUGGGAGACAGAUGCCAAUUAUUGUGCCCUGGUCCGAGAUAUUCCACCCUACGACGAAGGCAGGCGACUUUACGACCUUAUGGACAUGGCCGUCUUUGAUUUUCUCACUGGCAACAUGGAUCGCCAUCAUUACGAAACGUUCAAGGUCUACGGCAACGAGACCUUCCCCCUGCAUUUGGACCACGGUCGAGGCUUUGGGCGGCCCUACCACGAUGAGCUCUCCAUCCUGGCGCCUGUCCUGCAGUGCUGCCUUAUUCGAAAGUCGACGCUCAUCAAGCUGCUAGAAUUCCACAAUGGCCCCAAGCCGCUGUCGCAGCUGAUGAGUGAAUCGUUGAGCCAGGACCCCAUUAGGCCGGUGCUCUGGCAGCCGCAUUUGGACGCCCUGGACCGGCGGACUGGCAUCAUCCUGCAAAGCAUACGGGACUGCAUUAAGCGGAAUCCGCCGGGAGAGGUGGGCGAGACGGACGGAUCCGAGACGGACGUCUCCUCAUAGCAAUGAGGACGACCAGCGAGUGAAACAAAAAAUCAUCCUAGAGCAUUAGCUUAAACCCCUAGCUGUUAGUUGUGUGUCCUUGUGUGUUUAAUGAAAAAACAAAAAACAAAAACAAACCAUAAUAAUUAGCGUUAAUGUUUGUGGCAAUCGAUCUUUGUAAAAGAUCAAGGUCCUAAGUGAAGGGAUGCCUUGUCGCUUUGCAUGCACAUACCAAAAACCCAAAACAAAAGAGUGGAGAAAGCAGAAGAAAGCCAGCUAUUUAGCAAAGAGCCAAGGCCGAGAAUGAAUUAACUCUAAUGUUUAUAUUUUCACGUACUUUGUUUGCUGGCCGGCUUGAAGAGCUUGGCCUGGUCAAGAUUGGCAAUGAAAAUUGAGUACCUCCCACACACACAGCAGCCCCGAAAUCAUACCAAGUACUUUCAAAGACAUACAGUGGGUGCCAAAAGUAAACGAAGACAUGUUGUGCAAACAAAUCGGGACGAGAAAGUAAAAACUAAAGUAAAACAAGAAGGAAACUUCUUCAAAAGACUAUAAAACAUAAACAACAAGAACUAAAACUAAAACUAAAAAUUUUAUCUAUUUUCUAAAUAUUUAUUUAUAAUUUUUUCAUACUUUUUACAACUUUUAAGUGCAUACAGUUUUCCCGUAUGCAGCAUAUCCCUCAGCCUAGCCCCCAGCCCCAGACCCGUCCCGCACACCCUUCUCAAGAAAAAGUUGUUGCAAGUUUAGUUCGUAAGUUAACCUUACUUUAUGAUCGAUAUCAGGCGUAGCUUUAUCCGAUUCCAGGACGCAUUUCCUCCACUUUCACCCCAGUGGACAGUGCGUCGAUUGAUUCGUCACUUUAGUUAGUCCAAUUAGUUCCAACGAAAAUCAUGUACUUUACUUAUCUAUUUCGCAUAAAAUCAAGCGAAAGAAUAACUAAUGUUAAAAAUGAAAGAAACAAAACUAAUUAUUAAUAUUAUUGAAGACCUAGAUAAGUUGAAUUUGUUUUUAUUAUUGUACCGUUUUCGAUUGUACCUUGUAUAUGGUUGAGAGUGAGCAGGAACCUGCUUAGUUUGUUAAUUGGCCCUGAGAUGUGUGAGCAGUGUGCGGAAGCAACUAAAUUGUGUUAGAAUUAGUAAAAUUUUAGUGGAAUUUUCUGAUGUAAUUAAUAAAAAAAAAGUACCAAAGAAA